CUUCAUUCACAAGAUUAAGCAACACCACAAGCAUUUGAUACGUCACCAUAACAACAGAAAGACAAGACUGGGAGGCCUUUAAUCAACAUGCAUUUCAAAGAAAUAACACAAAAUAUGUGUUAAACUAUACACAAACGUGUCCAGUGCUGGUAAAGUCCACUCUGAAGUGUGAAUAAAAAAUCAUGAGCUACACUCUCACAUGGCUUUAGUUACAGCAACUCUCAGGUUGAACCUGAAAACUACAAUGAAAAGAGAAGAAAUUGUUCUGAGAAGAGAAGAGAUUUCCUAGAAGUUAAGAAUUGUUUCCAAAGUGCGAGGAAUGGCAAGGCGAGUACAAAGAAUAGCAUCAUACAUGACAUGCCUCGCGGACAUAUAGUGUUCCUCUCUCCACCCAUUGUCUACACCCAUCAUACUUCCUCCUCCCCAGAGAGAGAGAGAGAGGGAGGGAGAGAGAGUAUUGUCAUCGUCAAUGUUGUAUUGUAAUCAGACCAGAUUACUUGGAGCAGUACAGUUCUCUUUCUCUUCAGCCUGUGGCAGAUGUAAAGCAUCAUUCCCAUUUGGAAAGACUCAUCACUGAAAUCAUUCUGGCCUCAUUCAGCACCCUGAGUACAAGGCUGACCGCCAGAAAAGACAUGAGGGUGCCAACUUUCUCAAGAUCACAAAUUCUACAGGAGUUUCGUUCUCGAUGCCAGGCACUUGCAGCCGAUGGCAACAGAGGCUUUAAACAGGAGUUUGAGGAGCUAAAUGAAGUUGGCAAAGACCUCCCCACCAGAGCGGGGGAUUCAAACAGAGAAAAGAACCGAUACCCCUACAUAUUGCCAUAUGACCACUGUCGUGUGAGGCUGUCUGUUCAAAACUCCAAUCCACACACUGACUACAUCAACGCCAAUUUUGUGCCUGGUGGAGCAUCAGAAAGAGACUUCAUCUGCACCCAGGGUCCUUUGCACAAGACCAUGGCCGACUUCUGGAGAAUGGUGUGGGAGCAAAACGUUAGGAUAAUCAUCAUGGUGACGGCGCUGAAACACAAAGACAUAGUGCUGUGUGAUAAGUAUUGGCCUUUGGAACGAGGGACAGUUUAUCAUGGACUGAUCCAAGUGACGACAGUGACCCGCAAACAAGGUCCAGAUUGUUUUAUCACCACCAUUAACCUAAGACAGAGAGACUGUUCUACAGCCAGGAUAAUCACACACUACUACUACCCUUCCUGGCCAGACCAGGGCGUCCCUAAAGACUCAUCUUCUCUCUGUACCUUCACUGAGCAUGUGCGGCAGAGUUUGGAAACCACUCCUCGCCUGGGGCCGGCUGUGGUGCACUGCAGUGCAGGUGUGGGGCGUUCAGGAACGUUUGUGACAUUGUUGUGGCUGAUGCAGCUGUGUGCGAGGGGCAUCCGGCCUAAUGUCCGGGCUGCUGUGGAGGAUCUACGGUUACAUCGAAUGUGCAUGGUCCAGAAUCUGGAGCAGUACAUAUUUGUUCAUCAGUGUCUGCUACACUGGCUAAGUGGAGGAACCUCUGCAUGCCCACAAACUCAGGGAGCCAGUUCAAAUAUUAACCAGCACACUCAGCAUCAAUCACACAGCUCCUCAGGGAGGAGGAGACAUCACCAUCAUCGACAGACACCUCCAUCAGACCCGCCGCAGAACACACUGCAGCAGAUUUUACACCCUGGGAACCUACUGAGGAGGUUACUGCCUUCCUCAUCACUAUUUAAUCCAGGCUCACAUGCCUCUUGAACUCAGUGAAACAUACAAGACACAAGCAAGCUACUGGGUGAGAAAAACAAGAAGCCCUCAUACAGUAUCUGAGAAGUAAGAGAAGGACUGCAGAAAUAAGAAUGCGGUAUGAUGCUAAACCUUGCAGACACAAAACUGGCCUGACAACAGUGCAAACGAGUUCUGGUAAAGCAACCACAGAUGCAGCAGUUUGUAUUGUUACCAGAAGGGAGACUUAAGGAAAGAGCCUGCCAUUCAGGUCAAACCUGUUCGUCUACGGUUAUUUACUUCCCAUGUCAUUAGCGAGAACAAUGACUGUGAGUUACAUUUGGUUACUUGGAACAGGAAAACACUCUUCAUGUUAACCCAAAAUGUCUACUGUGCGCAGCUACCGAAUGUUUUUGGACAGCUCAUUGUUUUUGUAACUUUGUUUGCCUCCACUCCACGCUGAAGUGAUGUUGCAAGAUGAUUUUUUUUUUGAAAAAAAUCACACACACAAUGCAGGUAUCAGUACUUAAGGAGGGAUGUGCAGGAUUGAUAGACUUACUAGAAAGGCAGACACAUGGUAUAGUGGCUGUACAAAAAAGGUCAUGUUUCAAAAACACACAGGCACUGCCAUUCUCCUUAGAUGACUGAAACCUAUUACAGUACAUGAAGGAGCUAUGAGUAUUAUACAUUAUAGAACAUUAAGGGCUAACCCACUUUUUUUUAGUCUUUCAUCUGUCAUGUAAUAAACAUGUAUGAUACAAUA